CGCAACCCACCUGCGCUUCCGCACCGCGCCUCGCCACCCGUCGAAUAGCCAUGCCCUUUAAGCUCUCUGCGUCUCUCCACGCCCACUCUUCUGAUGUACGCGCCGUAGCUUCUCCAUCCGAUAAUCUCGUCCUCUCCGCCUCGCGUGACAAGACUGCACGCACUUGGACGCGUUCGCCGGGCUCACAGGCAUUUACGCAGGAGUACACUUUCCAAGCAGGUGUCAAGUAUAUCAAUGCCGUCGCGUACAUUCCACCUUCACCAGACACGCCAAAUGGUUACCUGGUCACUGGCGGCAAUGAAGCUGUCAUCAACGUUUAUCCUCUAGAUGCACCUUCAGAUGAGCCUCGAUAUGCACUGGUCGGGCAUACGGAUAAUGUCUGCACGUUAAACGCGUCAUCGUCGGGAUUACUUAUUUCUGGUUCGUGGGAUCGAACCGCAAAGGUCUGGAGGAACUUUCAAGAGGUUUACGAGCUUAGAGGUCACGAACAAUCCGUGUGGGCAGUCCAGAUUCUCGACGAGGCAGAAGAGACGUUCCUCACUGCUUCCGCGGACAAAACGAUCAGGUUAUGGAUGAAGCACAAGCAUCUCCGGACGUUCACGGGCCACAGCCAGGCUGUUCGAGGCCUUGCGCUGAUCCCCCACAUUGGCUUUGCUUCGUGCUCUAACGACGGUGAGAUUCGUGUCUGGACGACGGAGGGCGAUGUGGUCUCCACGCUCUCAGGUCACACUUCAUUUGUCUAUUCAAUUACGGCUUUACCGAAUGGCGACGUUGCUUCCAGCGGAGAGGACCGCACUCUGCGCGUGUGGCGGGAUGAGGAAUGUGUACAGACGAUCGUCCAUCCCGCGACAUCCGUAUGGAGUGUAUCAUCUAUGCCAAAUGGCGAUAUUGUUACUGGGGCCAGCGACGGCGUCGUGCGAAUAUUCAGUACCGCGGAAGAACGAUGGGCACCUGCAAAUGAGAUCAAGGAAUUUGAAGACCUUGUUGCGAACCAAGCGCUUCCCUCGCAGCAAAUUGGCGAUGUGAAAAAGACCGAUUUAUCUGGUCUGGAGGCUCUCACAGUUCCAGGCAAGAAGCCUGGAGAGGUAAAGAUGGUCCGGAAUGGUGCUAACGUCGAAGCUCACCAGUGGGAUUCUGCUAGCAUGACUUGGCAAAAGAUUGGCGAUGUUGUUGAUGCCGUUGGGUCCGGGCGAAAACAGCUCCAUGAAGGGAGAGAAUAUGACUAUGUCUUUGACGUUGAUAUCCAAGACGGUGUACCCCCGCUGAAACUUCCCUACAACGCGAACGAAAACCCAUAUAACGCCGCUCAGCGCUUCCUUGCCUCACACGACCUACCUAUGAGCUACAUUGACCAAGUCGUGCAGUUCAUUCAACAAAACACGACUGGCGUAAACCUCACAUCAGGCUCAGAGUACUCUGAUCCGUUCACCGGCGCAUCACGAUAUCAAGCUGGUCCGAACUCAAAUCCCGCAGGAGCAUCAUCUUAUAGUGAUCCGUUUACCGGUGCAUCUCGUUACCAGGCCCCUUCUACAACCGCCCCGUCUACAUCCUCAGCGUCCAGCGAUCCAUUUACUGGCGGCUCGAGGUAUGCUCCGCCCGGAUCUUCUUCUCAACCACCUCCAGCUGCACGGACAACGUCCGUUGUCCCGGUGAUGUCCUUUCUGUCGUUUAAGCAGGGUAACGUAAAUGCUAUGCGGGGCAAAAUCGGUGAACUUGAUGAUGGGUUCCGAAAUGAAAUCUCAACGUCGGCAAUAGCAAUCUAUCCGCCGGAAUCAGCUAAGCUGGAUGAGGCAUAUGUAUACUUAACACAAGCGCUGGCGACCCCAGCCCAAAUCACUGUUCCCCCUCUCAAUAAGAUGCAUUUAGAAACAAUAGAGCAAAUUCUGGAGCGUUGGCCCUCGUCCUCACGUUUCCCCGUAAUUGACUUGGCGCGACUGGUCAGCGGGAAUUGCCCUGCAGCGUAUUCGGACUCGAAAGUUGCCGAGCAGUUUUUCUCGUCUCUAUUGAAGGCUGCGGAAUGGGACACUCCGUGGGACGGGCCGAUUCCGAAGUCCCGCGAGACGAACAUGUUGUUGACGUUGCGGGCGCUUGCGAAUGCUUUCCAGGAGAGCACUGCCGCGAGCCUCGGAGACUGGGCGGCAGCGGUCCUGGGAGAGCUUGGACGUGCCCCUUAUGAUGCCUUGAUGAAGAAUCAUAGAGUAGCGCUGGCGACUCUCUUGUUCAACAUUUCCUGUAUUCGCCUGAAGGGACCUAUUGUGUCCUCCGCAGUCGCCGAGCAACAUUUGUCUUUGGUUUCGAUGGUUCUCCGCCAAGAGCGGCAGGAUGCAGAAACGGCGUAUAGGUCACUCGUUGCUCUGGGUAACACGUUAUGCGCUUUGAAGACGCAAAACGCAAGUCUCACGUUAGGACAGACGAGCGAGAUCCGACAAGCGUUACCUUCAUUAAGGUCGCGGUUCCCAGAAGACCGUGUUAAUGCGGUAAUAAAGGACGUUGAAGCGCUAUUGCUAUGAAGUAAACUGAGCCAGAGAGGCGAGAGGACGAAUAAUAACCAAAUAAAGGAAAGGAAGAAUUAGGGAGGGGAGUGUGUGUGAUUGAUUCUCUUUUUCUGUUCUGCAAAAAGCAGGUUAUAGACGUUCGGAGGUUUCGGUUCUACAUACAAGGAACUCUUUUUAACCCUCUGCAUUGGCUAACACACUGACCACCUCCCUUUUACUUCAACCAUAUUGCUCACUCUCCUUUCCUCCCCUCUCAUGAUUGUGGGUUCGUUUGUGGUUUACGUGAUUUGGCAUAGUCUUGUUUGUUGUUGAUAUAGGGUUUUGAGGGUGUUUUUCCGUGGACGUUUAGAAAUUGAGCGACCUACGAAUAUGAAGAAGUACUACUUACUGUAUGUAUGGACUUGUUGAGGUAUACAAUACAGAUAUGUAUGUAGCGAUAUAAGAAUUUGAUGACGAACAAUA